GCCGUGCGCGCAUAGUGUCAAAUGGGGCCAUACUGACGACAACAAUAAGGCAGAGAAGCGCCAUUCUCAAGAGGGGCCCGACUGGUUAUGCGAACCGCGCCAAAAUUCCAGGUGAUCAGUGGCGCGCGCGAUCCGCAUCGUUUCCGAGCCGCGCUGCAUGACCUUAAUUGCGAAGGUGAGACCCUGAGAGUGCCCGAACCCCACUUUCUGCCUCCGCCGUUGCCCGCCAGCCCACGUAAUUGCUUGGCAGCGGCCGCAACUGCGUCUCGGCCAACAUUCGCGGCAAUUUGGACCGUUUCCAGUCGCCAGUGCCGCGUAUCGAGUGGUGCGGCUUAGGGGCCCCCCCAGAUCGACCGGGGGCUGCGCCUAUCAUGAUAUUCUCAUGACAAACAUUGGCUCGAGCAACCCGUCCAGUGCCCCACCGGUCGCCAUGAGCGACAACAUCGACAGGAAGUGGGCCUGCGAGUACUGCACCUACGAAAACUUCCCGUCGGCCAUCAAGUGCACGAUGUGCAGCGGACCGCGCCCCUUCGAGCACAUCUAUCGGCUGCAUGGCGAGCGGAGCCCCGGCCUAGAUGCCGGCGCUUCGCUGGACAACUGCAGCUCGCUCAGCCCGCAGGGCCUGUCAGUCGACAACCUGCACGAGCACCUGCAGCCGCUGCGCAUCGCGCAAAAGUCCGACGUGGCGCAGAGCCUGUCGCGCCACUCCAGCCCCACCAAUCUGGAGAACAGUCGGCGCAGCGCGCAGGCCAAGUGGAACUGUCAGCUGUGCACCUUCGAGAACUGGCCGCGCGCAAUCAAGUGCGCCAUGUGCGGCACCGCGCAGCCCGCCUCUAGCGGCAGCGACGCCCACCAAGCGGGCCACGCCCCCGAGCUGCGCGAGAACAACCUGGAGGCGGAGCGUCGGCUGCGCCAGUCGCGCCGCAACGCCGACUGGGACUGGCUGAACGCCUGUGUGGGCGUGGUGGAGGGCGACCCCGCCCCCGUCGAAGCCUACCUGGCGGCGGGCGGGGACCCGGCGCGCCCCCUCACGGCCGCCGAGUGCGCCCUGCUGAACCGGAGCUCCGACGCCGGACUAACACUAGUCCAUCUGGCCAUCAAGUUUCAGAGGGAGGACCUGCUGGCGGUGCUGCUGGCGCAGAUCGAGGGCGCGGGCGGCUCCGCCAUCAAGCGAGUGCCGAGCUACGUGGCGCCCGAGCUGGCCGCCGACAUUCGCCGCCACUUCGCCACCACGCUGCGCCAGCGCAAGGGCGGCUUCGCCUGCCACUACGUCACCGAGUUCCCCACCUUCACGCUGCCGGUCGACGUCAACGCGCUGCCGCUGACCGUGCAGGACCAGCUGAUGGCCGAGCUGCUCGACAAGGACGCGCAGGAGGAGCUGGAGGGCGGGGUGUCGGCCGUCAUCAACUGGGCCGUGGGGGCGGGCGUCAGCCGCCUGCACGCCCUGUGGAACAGGUCGGCGGGCGACUGCUUGCUGGACAGCGUGAUGCAGGCCACUUGGGGCGUGUUCGACCGCGACAACACCCUGAGGAGGGCGCUGGCCGAGACGCUGGUCCACGCCGGCCACAUAUUCUACCCGCGCUGGAAGGAGUACGAGAGCUCGCACGCCUCCUUCCUGCAGUACUCGCUCGACGAGGCCCAAUGGGAGGGCGACUGGAGCAGCCUGGUCGCCCUCGCCGCCCAGCCAGGCUCCAGUCUCGAGCAGCUGCACGUGUUUGCGUUGGCGCACAUCCUGCGCCGCCCCAUUCUAGUCUACGGCGUCAAGGUGGUGAAGAGCUUCAGGGGCGAGGCGCUCGGCCCCGCCCGCUUCGAGGGCGUCUACCUGCCGCUCCUCUGGGACCAGAGCUUCUGCUCGCGCUGCCCGAUCGCGUUGGGGUACACGCGCGGCCACUUCUCCGCCCUGGUGGCCGCCGAGCCGCCCGCCAGCCUGCGCCCACGCGCCUCCCUGCUCCCGCUGGUGGACGGCGACCGCAAGCCGCUCCCCAUCCACUUCCUGCUGGAGGCCGAGUUGGGGCGCGAGCCCGCCAUCCUGCGCCAGUGGAUCGACGUGUCCGAGACGGAGGGCGGCAUCCUGGUGGCGCAGCAGCCGCUGCACAAGCGCCCGCUGCUGGUCGCCCAAAUGUGCGAGGAGUGGCUCAACCACUACCGGCGCCUCAUGUAAGCCAGAUGACCAGCGCCCCGUUCACGCGCCCCCUCCCCAUCCAGGACUACUCCAGUGAGGGCGACUCGGACUGCGACUAGUCCGCCCUUGAUCCACGCACGCCUUCGACGAUUCCUUAUUGUUAACACUAUUAAUUAACACGCUAUUAUAGAAAUUAUUUGGUUGAAAUUAA